CUGGAAGCGGGCGCAACUCGCACGAAAGCAACACCCGACCGGUCCGAGCGUGGCCGAGGCGGAGAGGCUCGCAGCGUGUGAGAGCGACGCCCGCUCCGGCUGCGCUUGGCGGCUCUCCCCGCACUCCGGCCCGGCCGGCUGGGCCGUGCGUGGCUCACUGCUUCCUCCCGCUCCACCACCACAUACCCGCCACACCUGCCGCAUACCAUGCCUGCCGCACCGCCGCCCAAGCCCGACGUGGCACAGGAGGCAGACGACCUCGCUGACCUCGACGAUGUGCUCGACGACUUCGAUGCGCCCACCUCGUCGGCCGCCGGCGCAGCCACAUCCAGCCCGCCCGCCGCGCCAUCCACAGGCUCAGCCUCGGGCUCCGCUGCGCCGCCGGGCAUGCCCAACUUCGACUCGCUCCUCGACGGCACCGAGGGCGAUGCCGACGUCGACGAGCUGCUCUCGGGCGACUUUGCCAAGGAGCUCGCCGCCGGCAUGGAGGCGCUGAUGCGCGAGCUCGGCGGCGCCAGCGGUGCCGGUACCGGUGCUGCCGCUGGCGGAGCGCCGCCCAUGGGCCCCGUGCCGCCGCCCGCCGCCGGCGGAGACGCAGAGGUCAACGAGGAGGAGAUGAUGCGGCAGUUCGAGGCCAUGAUGAAGGACAUGGGCCUCGCCGGCGCCGGCGGCAUGCCAGGCGGCGAAGCCGGGCCUUCUGCUCCCGCUGCUUCUGGCGCAGCCUCCACCUCGGGUGCCGCAGCGCCGCCAGCCAACUUCCAGGACGCAAUCAAGGCGACGAUGGAGCGGCUGAAGAACAGCGACUCGUCGGCCGCAGCCUCGGCCGGCGGCGCCGGCGGCUUUGGCGACGCAGACCUGGAGAAGCUCAUGGCGGCGCUCGGCGGCGGCGGUGCCGGCGGCGAGGGUGGCGACGAGGACCUGGCAAAGAUGCUCGAGAACAUGAUGGGCGAGCUGAUGAGCAAGGAGGUGCUGUACGAGCCGCUCAAGGAGCUGCGGGACAAGUACCCUCCGUAUCUCUCGUCGCCGGCCGCUGCCAACCUCUCCGCCGACGACCGCGUGCGCUACCAGGAGCAGGCACGCGUCGUCGGGCAGAUCGUGGCCACCUUCGACGAGCGCGACUUUGACCACGGCUCAGAGGCGCGCAAGCGCGAGCUGAAGAACCGAGUGCAGGAGCUGAUGAACGAGAUGCAAGAUAACGGCGCGCCGCCGCCCGAGAUUGCAGGCGAGAUGCCCUCGGAGUUGGCUGGCCUGCCAGGCAUGAACGGCGACGACGAGAACUGCUCAGUGAUGUGAAGCGGCUGGGCAAUUGAAGGGGUCAAGAGCUGUGUGCGUGGCGUUGUGUGAGUGUGCUAGAAGUACAGGGAUGAUGAUGCGGUGCGUAUCUGCGGGCUCGUGAGGGCGGGACAGCGACUAGCGGCGG